AUAGAAAUUUUCCUCAAGUGACGUACCGACGCGACGUGUUGACGUUUUCUGUAAAUUUGCUUCGUUGAUCGACUGGAUAUUUCACUUUUACAUACGUGUCAAGUGAGCUUGUGCGUGUUCGGCUUUACAGCCUUUAAUUUUAAGAAAAUUGACAAAUAUCACUGAUUUUAUACAAAAAUGGCACCGAAACAGAGAAUGCGUAUCGCCAACGAAAUUGCUAGCAAGAACAUCACAAUGAGAGGCAACGUUCCCAAAACAACAAAGGAAAAGGAUGACCAAUAUCCCGUAGCUCCAUGGCUCUUAGCUCUCUUCAUAUUUGUAGUCUGCGGCUCGGCUGUCUUCCAAAUCAUCCAGUCCAUACGAUUGGCCUAAACCCUCUGUGAUCCCAUUCCCGACUGAUAAUUUAGUGACUUAAUAACAUCCAUCGCAUUUUAAAAUGAAAUGAGAAUGUAAAUAUGUUUUAAUUAAAAUGCUACUACCGUUUAUGUGAAAUAUUUUCUAUCUCUCUCAUGUCCAUGUGUAAUGUUUUACCAUCUUCUUCUAGCCAUGGUAUCCAAAAACAUCUUGGCCCCUUGUAAUAUUUAAAUAUUUUGUGUUACAAAGUAUUUAUCUUUUACAAGGUGACUGCGCUUGUUCCUUGUAGCUUUUGUAGUUGUAUUUGUUUAGUCCGAGCGCAGUAAUUAUAAUCUCAAAAAAUGUGUACUAUAUCUUGUAUAGUGUAAAUUUACUUAGGUUAGGUUCACAUUUGGCAAGUCUUAUCUAAAAUAGUAUAAUAAAUACUGUUUCUAUCAACUUAAAUAACUUUUAAAAAAAACCAAAAUAAGUUUUGUGCUAAUAUGAUUGACCGCAAAAAAUUGCCUAGUGUGUUUCUAACCUUUAUAUUAAGAUAACCAAACACUUCGAUGUUAAUGAAAUUAUUAUUCCAUUCCUGAAUUAUUUUAAGACCAAGUUUAUGAAAGACGCACAACAUCGUAACUUCCUGCAAUGAAAUUUUGUUUAAGGGUUUUUUUUUUAAAUAUUAGUGAAUAAUUAUAUUCGAUAUUAUUUUGAUUUUGAGCCACCGUAAUGAAAUUAUAUGUCGGUACUAUUUUAUAAUUUUAAAUGUAAUUUAUUUGUUAAAUAAAAUACAGUAUAUUUGUCGA